AGAGCUGCAUGAAAAUCCGCAGUUUCAAAUGUCCCCCACCAUAAGUGAAUCGGCAUAAGUUGGCGGUGCUCCGUUCACCCAUUUCAUACCCUUCAAAACGUUCACAAUGUGUAACAAUUAUUCCUGACCUCAGAAAAGAAAUGUCAAUGUCAAACAAGUUUUAACGACAAAAUAGCCGCUUUCCAGGUGCUAUUUAUUUUUGAUAAGCUGUUGCCGCCCAGUUGCAGCUUACAUGCCAAUGCUCGUCUGACGGUGUACAAAGCUAGUUUCUAAUAACUUCGAUAAAAUGAGUGAUCCACUAAUAACCAAUUCGGCGACCGACAAUUUGUACCUAGCAUUGUUACAAUGUUUUGCCGUCAUAUUAUGCGGAUACAUCGCCGGGAGGUCUGAAAUAAUCACAAAAUCAGAAUCGAAGGGGUUGAAUACCUUCGUUGGAACAUUUUCACUUCCUGCUCUGAUAUUUACUUCUUUGGCUCAGCUAGAUCUUGAACAAGUCAACUGGAAGUUCUUGAUGGCUGUGACCUUUGCCAAGGCUAGUGUAUUCGCAGCCGUCCUUAUAAUUACUCUGCUCAUUUCUCGACCGAUCAACCCUGGGAGGGCGGCACUCUUUGCUAUUUUUGCAACCCAAAGUAACGAUUUUGCAAUUGGGUAUCCCAUGAUUAAUGCCUUGUACGGAAAAAUUCACUCCGAAUAUUCCGCGUAUUUAUAUCUGAUGGCUCCGAUAUCUCUGGCGAUCUUGAAUCCAAUUGGCUUCAUUCUGCUGGAGAUAAAUAAGCGGCGACCCGAGGAGCGAAGAUUUAGUUGGUCUUUGCUAAAAUCAACAGUAAAAGGAAUAGCUUUCAACCCAGUCCUCCUCAUGACUGUACUUGGAAUCUUAGGAAAUUUCCUGUGCAGUCACAAAAUCCCGUCACCUCUGCAAGUCGUUUUGAAAGUAUUUGGCGACGCAUUUGCAGCCAGUGCACUUUUCCUCCUAGGUCUGAUGAUGGUGGGAAAAGUCCACACACUUAAGGGUCGUGCUCUUGUUAUUCCUGGGAUAUUGAUAUCUGUCAAACUGCUGGCGCUACCACUGGUCAUCAGAGAAUCCGUGAAUUUGCUCAGUCCUGGUGAAAACGCAACCGAUACUCUAGAUCUGAGUACAUUUGGAUUUUUAUAUGGAACUCUGCCAACAGCUCCGGCAUUAUUCGUCUUCACACUUCGAUACGGCAUCGAUAUUGACCUGAUUGCCUCUGCAAUGGUAGCUUGCACUUUUCUCUCGGCUCCACUGAUGUUUGUCUCUGCAAAAAUGAUCAACGCCAUCAGUGCUGAUCAUACUUCUGCAGACUAUGUUCGAGAACUGAGAGCAUUUGCUCUGGAUGUCAGUGCAGUUUCCACUGCCGCAUGCUGCUGGCUUCUCAUCUGCUUCUUUAUCUUUGAGGGAAAGAAAUACAAGCGUGUAACACACAGAAUCACUGUCUGCCUUGUCAUUUCUCAGCUGAUAACAUCAAUCGGAGUUAUAAUCUGGUCACAAAUGGGUUCACCGAGCACAACAUCUUGUUUAUGGUACGUUCAAUUCCUGAUGAUAACUGGAGGGGUCUACGCCAGUAGAUUCUGGACGGCUGUACUAGCGGCCACGCUUCUGUUUCUGAGCAGUAGAUCAUUGUCCUUUGUGUUACAACUGCAGAAAUGGAUUUUGCCAAUCGGUUGGGGCGUGUCGAUUCUAAUCGUCAGCCUCAUGGCCACACUGAUAACCCCGUCUGGAAAGGAUGAAUUCGAUAUGGGGAGUCCAAACUUCCAGAUGGGUAAAAUUCAGGCUGCAAUAUCAGUUUUCUUGCUCGUCUUCUGCUUCGUUGUAACAUUGGGCUGCCUGGUGCUGCAACAAAGAUAUCAGAGGAGAUUAACACCACCUGGAUACUCCAGCCUUACUCCAUCUCUAUCGACGAACAACCGUGUGAACACGCCGCGAAACGUUGUCGACGUUGAGGAUUUGAUGUCCCAAUCAGCGAAUAUAUCGAGGCACCCGUGUGAAUUUGAAAACAACGGAUGUUCGAACGGUAUGGGAUGUCUGAUGAAUCGUGAAGGAGAAUUAGGAGCGGGAGGCUAUGAUGAAAAUUCAGACGAUGAGCUAAUAACUGAGCAACCACCGGAUACACAGAUUCUGCGGCACCUUGUCCUGUUGAUUUUAUUGCUCUGUUCCAUGUUUGUUGGCCUGGCUCUGUCUAUUGGUAGACUGGUGAUGGAGGAAUUAUCCGGAGUCUAUGCAGAGCUCGCGUUUUUGGACGUGGCUCUAAACUUUGGGCAGUCUUUGAUAGCUUUUGUUAUAUUUGGCUUGGAUCCAGGCAUAAGCGUGUUGGGCAAGUGGAUGAAGAAGCUCUGUGAAAUGUUCCCGAGGGCGGAGACUCUACAGUUGCCUGAUGAGGGGAGUUUGACGGACGAAGUGAGGGCUGUACGUGAGCAAUUUGCUCGGUCUCACUUAGCAGAAUGUCGUACGCGGAUCGCAGUAUGCCGAAGACGGCUGCUGCGCGUCUACAGAGGAGUUUUCACUGGCACUGAUCUUGUGGAUUGGUUAUUAGAAGCUGGACUAGUGUCCGAUCGCGUCGCAGCUGUAACGUACGGAAGAUGCCUUCUUGAUUCCAGGGUACUAUGCCAUGUAGAUGGGACUGAGCAUUUUCACGAUCGUAAUUUAUUGUAUACCUUCUGCGCGUAAUUUUGGUGCUAAUAUUACCGUUCAUUGCUCAGGCAGACGUGCGUCUCGUCUGUCAGUGGUUUCAAUGUUACGUUUUAUUAUACAACGUUGAAUUAUCAAAUUCAGCUUUAAUGUACUUUGAAACAAAAGACGGGGGAUAAUGAAAGUAUAAUGCUAAGUGUUGUCAUAUUCUAUACCGGUUCUAGGAGAAUGUGAGAUUGAGGGUGACCCAAUUUACCGUUUGCUUCGAUCGAUGUAUUCCCUAGUCUUUCAACUUUUUCUUAAGCAAAGCAUAGUUUGGAAGCCAGAAACUACUCUUUGCGCACACUAGUUCCUUUGGAACUACUGGUAGCUCCAUAAAAUACUUUUAAAAUGAGAAGAUCUUCAUGUGACAUGUAUGCACUUGACAUACAAAUAUAUUAUUAUCCUAUAGCAGCUUUACUGACUAGCAGUUUUACUGACUAGCAGUUUUACUCUACUAAAUGAAAUUUUUAAUCAGCUACAAAAAGAAAGAAUCGCACAAUUGGUUGGUCUGAAUAUCCUACUUAAUUUAUACCGUAACUGGGUAAAUUGGGUGUU